AGUCUGGCUGCGGCGGCGGUGCGCGAACGGACGUGCCGUGAGCGCCGCAGCCGCCCAAGCCGCCAGCAGCCGAGCCGAGCCGUGCCGCGCUGCCCGGGCCGUGCCCGCCCGCCCGCCAUGGUGUCAUGGAUCAUCUCCAGGCUGGUGGUGUCAAAUGGAUGAUGUACUGGAUUAUAUUUGCACUUUUCACCACAGCAGAGACAUUCACAGACAUCUUCCUUUGUUGGUUUCCAUUCUAUUAUGAACUAAAGAUAGCAUUUGUAGCCUGGCUGCUGUCUCCCUACACAAAAGGCUCCAGCCUCCUGUACAGGAAGUUUGUACAUCCCACACUAUCUUCAAAAGAAAAGGAAAUCGAUGAUUGCCUGGUCCAAGCAAAAGACCGAAGUUAUGAUGCCCUUGUGCACUUUGGGAAGCGGGGCUUGAACGUGGCAGCCACGGCGGCAGUGAUGGCCGCUUCCAAGGGACAGGGUGCCUUAUCAGAGAGACUCCGGAGCUUCAGCAUGCAGGACCUCACCACUAUCAGGGGAGACGGCACCCCGGCUCCCUCAGGCCCCCCACCACCGGGGGCUGGGCGGGCCAGUGGCAAACACGGCCAGCCUAAGAUGUCCAGGAGUGCUUCUGAGAGCGCUGGCAGCUCAGGCACCGCCUAGAAUCCCUCGAUAUCGUUUCAGGAAGAAAAGUACCUCAUCCUCGACCACUGAAACCACGUGAGUGAGAUGAGCCAACAGCACCAGAUCCACAGAAUGUUUCUUCUCUGCCUUAAAGAGCUAUUCACUAAUAACACAGAAAUCCACAAGCUGGGUGUGCUUUGAGUGUGCAGCCUCACAGACAUGGCCUUUUCUCUCUCCCCUUCACUUUUAAUAAUUUUUCCCUUUUAUUUUGCUGGGGAGAGGCUAAAGAGAAAAGUAGUGGGGGGGUGCCCUUUAAGUCUUCUGAAGUUAGUGAUUUUCCUCAAUUGGAUUGUCAUGAUAGACAGCAGUGUGUUUUUAGAAAUACAAAAGAAUCACCCUUAUGCUGCUGAGAUGUAUAUUUGUAAUUUAUCUGUUGCAUAAUUAGUUUUUAGUCCUGUAAAUGCAAACAAAGCAAUUUUUAAAAACUUUUUUUUGUUCUUGGUACUAAUACUUUGAACUAUGUUGUACAUAUUUAUGGCUUUGGCUUCAUAUAAUGGACUUGC